CCAUUUUGCUUCGGCUGGCGCCUCUCGUUUGCCGAGCGCGCGCGGCUGGCGGCGAUGCCCCCUCCAGCGGCCGUCGUCCGCAGGGAGCUGGCGGACACCAUCUGCAAGAUAGGGCAGCUCUCUCCCGACAAGUUCGCCGCCUCGACGAGCCUUUUCAAUGUCCUCAAGACAAGCGUAAAUCACGUCGCGUCUGGCAGCGAGAGCUUGGAGGAGAUCCUCGACGACUUGGAGCCGAAGGUGAAUACGCUCGCCUUCCUUGUCGGCCUGCACCAGCAGAAGAGGAUCUACAGGAAGCAGAUCAAUCACGUCUUCCAGGUCCUGACGCAG